AUGAGAUCAAUGCCCAACAGAGGCAGUUAGUGUGCUUUCAUUUUUCAUUUGCACAGAACAAUGGAUGAUGAGGGGAAAAACUAUAUUUCUGCAGAAGUAUCCGAUAUGUUGGAAUCAGUUUCUUUUCUGAAUGUAGCUGGUAAACCCUCACCUAUGGAGUCAACAGUAUUGCCUAAUACAGAGGAACAGGAGGCAUAUCAACCUUUGAAAGUCUUCUUGAGAGUGAGGCCCUUUUCUGUAGCAGAGCUUGAAAACCAUGAAUCUCAGGGUUGUGUAACUAUUGAAGAUCCCCAGACAGUAAUUCUUAAUGCACCUAAAGAGUCUUCUGCAAUGAAAAAUAGUGAAAGAGGGAUUGGUCAUUCUGUGCACAGGUUUACCUUUUCUCAGGUCUUUGGACCAGAAACUACUCAGAGUGAAUUUUUUGAAGGCUCAAUGAAAGAGAUAGUAAGAGCGUAUGUUAGUGGAGUGAAUGGACUGGUGUUUACUUAUGGGGUUACAAAUGCAGGCAAGACAUUCACUAUCCAAGGAACUUCAAAAGAUUUUGGUAUUUUACCUCGCUCACUUGAUGUAAUUUUUAACCACAUAAGGGGAAGACAUUACCUGAAGAUGAACUUCAAACCAUAUUUGAGCAAUGAUGUUAAGAAACUAGAAGAUGCACAAGUUAAGCAAGAAGAAGCCAUAAAAACUGCUAUUCUUGCGUCACUGAAAGAGAUUUAUCUAAACUACUUGGUGAACCUUGGAAUAAUAAGGCAGCUGGCUGUUUUUGGAGCUCAGGGUAAACUGGAAGAACUUCUGCAGAAGGCAGCACACAGUUCCCAGGAGACAGAAAGCAUCUCAAAUACUAUUACAAAUACGUGUGAUGUGGAGUCGGCUUCUUCCAACUGUACUUCAGAAAGUCUUCCUUCUGAUUCACUAGCAGAGAACAACUUUGUUCCACUUGACAUAUAUAGGACUAACAUACACCAAAGAACACAAGCAUCUGUGUGGAUUUCCUUUUGUGAAAUUUAUAAUGAAUAUGUGUAUGACCUAUUAAACGUAUUAUCUACAUCAAAAACUCAGAAGCGCAGAGUCUUAAGAAUUUGUGAGGAUCAAGGAGGAAAUUCUUAUAUUAAAGACUUGAAGUGGAUUAACAUUCAGAGCACUGAAGAAGCCUGUAAAAUACUGAAAAUCGGAAACAAGAACCGAAGCUUUGCUUGUACUAGAAUGAAUGAGCAAUCAAGUAGGAGUCACAGUAUAUUUUCAAUCAGGCUACUAAGGCUAACUGAUGAGCAUCAGCCGUGUGUUCUUGGAGUUUCAGAGUUGUCUUUCUGUGACUUGGCUGGAUCAGAGAGGUGUAAUAAAACACAAGCCUUUGGAGACAGACUAAAAGAAGCAGGAAAUAUUAAUAAUUCUCUUCAUAUCCUUGGAAAAUGCAUUGCAGCACUGAAGCAAAAUCAAAAUCCAAAGAUGAAGCCAAGCUAUAUUCCAUUCAGAGAGAGCAAACUGACUCGUCUGUUUCAGCCAUUCUUUUGUGGAAAAGGCAAAGCUUGUAUGAUUGUAAACAUUAAUCAGCAUGCUUCCACAUAUGAUGAAACACUACACGUAAUGAAAUUUUCAGCUAUAGCCAAACAGGUAAUCCAGACAAUCCUACCCAAAAGUUUUGGUUAUUUUCCACCCAAGCUAGUUGGAGGCAACGGCAAAUCUAUCAUGCACUUUGACGCUAACACUUCUGUAGAUGACUUUCCCGACAGUACUGAAACCUCCGCAGAAGAGGAAGUGGACAUCACCAUUCUGAGUCAUGAGGAUCUCCUGAAAACUACAGAGAACCUAAAGGAGAAGCUAGUUGCAGAAAGGCAAAGUAAGCUCCUUUUGGAAGUGAAGAUACGUAAAGAGAUGGCAGAAGCAAUGUUCCAACAGCUGUUGGAAACAGAGGAAGCCUGGAGCAACCGCUUGGAAGAUAUGAAAGACAGUUAUGAAGAAAAACUGGAGAGCAAAUUUGAAAUGUAUAAAGAGGCCAUCAAGAAACAUGCAUAUGUGUGUGCAAUGGAACAAAUUGAAGACCAUUAUGUUCCCAUAGAAGAAUUUCUUGCUGAACAAGAGAAAGUUGAGGAUAGAGAGAAUAAAAUACUGCAAUUGGAAAAGCAACUUGAUGAACAGUCAGGGAGGCUGUUGGCUCUGGGAAGUCCACAUUCAGUUAUACUGACUACUGAAAAUAACAUGGAACUAGAUCUUACGACUAAGACAAUGAAGAGAGCCAAUGAAGGACUGCAGAAACAAUGCAAAGAGAAAGAAGAGCUUAUAAAAUCUCUGAAGGUUAAAAUACAGAAAUUAAAUGAAACCCUGCUAGAAGUUAAUGAAGGCUACAGAAAAAUGGCAGAAGAGAACAGUCAACUGAAGCAUACAAUCAUGCUCAAGGAUCAAGAAAUGAAUAGUCUUCAGAACUGGGCUAAACGUGUUCUUGAGCUUGAAGAAACAGUGUCUUCCCUGCAAAAGGAACUUGAUGAACGGAAAAAGCAUUUCUCUACAGAGGAGCCAAAACAACAAAAACCCAGGAGAGGUUUGUUGGCUAACCUGAAAUCCACAGUAGCAGCUACUGCUAGUACACCUCUUGGUAAAGGCUGGGGGAAGUAUGAAGAUGCUUCAUUCUCUUCAAGAAAACAAUUGCUGUUGGCUCAUAAAGCAAAAGAAUAA